AUGCACAAAGUCCUUGAGUCAAGCCUCACACCUCUCAGCAUCUACCUAGGUGGCGGUCGAUCACACCGAUCGUCAUAUGAUAGCGAGUCGCAAUGUUUGGAGCUCGAAAAUGCUGACUUCGGAGCUCGUUCCAAAAAGAUGACCAACGUGCCUGUGCAAGGAUCAUACACCUGGCUGAGAACCCAGAUUAUUACUCGAUUCAAGAUUGCCAAGAGCUCCGAUUUUGUAAUUGACCACUUACGGCCGUUCUUCACACCUUACCUCAAACAUCUCUUCACACCUCACCUAAAACACCUCGAACUCAGCAUGGUGUCUGUCUGGACCAAGCACUUCAAUCAAAAUUUCUGGAGCGAGCAUAUCGAAAUGAUGUCCGAGCUGUCUAGCCUUCAGCACUUCAAGUUGAGCUGCCUCGAAUACUCUUUUGAGACGACAUGGGAUGAUGAUGAUGACGAUCAGGAACGAUACAUCGAUCUCCCUGGCCAUGGCCGGGUCUUUUGUCCAGGCAAUGCGUUCUACCUUACAUUUCGCGAUGGAUGUCGUUCGGUCGAGAUCAACGCUGAUCAUGUGUGUGACAAACUCAAGGAUUUAGCAUGUUACGCGGCUGCAGCAGAGGCACGUAAGCUGGAAGAUAUGAUCAGCGACCGCCGUGUGUAUAAUUUCACGGUCGGUCUCAUCGAUGGAGCUGAGCCUAUGAUCCUCGACCACCAGUAA